AUGGUCGCCUCAACGAUUCUCCCGGCCUUCCGAGUUUUUGUGUUCGGGCACUGCUGGCACUUUGCACUUGCUGGCCUUCAACCACUGCAUGGUGGUCACGACAGGGCAUGUCGCGGCAUUUCUCACAGCGGAGCUUGGGAAGUUGGUGCUGCCAACGCGGUAGAGGGCUGGACUGCUAACAGCUUGGAACAAUGCAAAGACAUUUGUACGGGCACGUGUCAGGCUAUACAGUACGUUGCCUCGAGAAGUAUCUGCAGAAUUUGGAACAUACCAGUCCUUCACUCUGUGAGCCAGCCGGGGUCACAAUGCUGGGUGAAUCCAGCUGGCACAAGUUCUGCCCUCACCACCUUGAAGCCGAAGCUCUCUCACUGCCUAUCUGUUGCAAAAGCCGGCUGCGGUGCGAUUACCAACAGGUACAAUUGCUUGAGCAGCAAAGAGGAGGUCGGCUCGGAUCCUUGUGUAUGGUGUGGAGGUGGCGACUGCCACGGCGAUUCACAUUCAGGGUGCACUUCUUUUUCUAUGCUGGGAAAGACAACAGCGAACACAGUGGCAGCAAAUGCUUUCGAGCGCAUUGGCGCCCUCGAGGUGGCCCACUGUGUAGCGGCAUCACCAGCAGCCGACCAGACUCCAGUCGCGCAAGGAAUGGCCCCGAAUCUUCCACACGCGAGCGCGAGCACCAGCACCAGUGGCACUGCCGGUGACACAAGUGCAGUGCUUGGGAGUGCCGCUCCUCCGACGGCCUUGAACACUAGCAUUGGUGCAGAUUGUUUGGCGCCUGCCCCAUCGUGCGGCGCGAUCAAGGACAAGCUCAUUUGCUUGAGCAGCAAGGAUGGACGGCUAGGCCUACAAGAGCAUGGCCUGCGCAUUGGUGGAGAAGCUUGCGUGUGGUGUGGCGGCGAGCCUUGCACGAGUAUCAAUGACAACCUCUGCGAGCCGUAUGACUGGCUUCAGCGCGGCGAAGGGCUGGCUUUCACAAAAGCUUCAGCACCGGAAACCCGCAAAACCGCACAGUGUUACCAUGACCACGGAACAUCGUUCGAUAUCGGUGAAGUGCAGUGUUUGCUGCCCCAGCCAGAAGGAUGCAACAAGAUUCGGGAGAAGGAAAAAUGCUUGACCAGCAUGGAUGGCCGACCAUUCCUCACUGUUGCGGGCUUCAAAGUGCUGUCCCAGCCCUGCGUUUGGUGCGGGGGGACUCCUUGUCAUGAGAACAAUGAUAACUUGUGCGAGCCUUAUGACUUUGUAAAGAAUGGCGCUGGUCAUGCAUUCCGAAGCCUACCUGGGCCCAUGGUUUGCGAAUGUCAUUCCAAUGCUGUGCAGACACAGCGUUUCGCAAUGCACGCUGAGGCGGGAGGUGCAUCACAGGGUGCCCCACAUGCAGCAACCCUGCAGCCGGUGCAGCCGAAACUUGGCGAACCCAACAGCGCAGCACCCGCGGCUUCUGUUGCUGCACCAAAUCUGCAAAACAUUGGCCUCGAUUGCUGGUAUGAGUGCAAACAAAAAUCCGGGUUUUGUGACUACUGUGGACUCGGCAACGCUUGCUGCCGGAAUGGCUAUCAGGCAGAAUCCCCGAAGGAAUGCCAAGGCAACUUGAAAUUCACAACCUGGCACCAUGAAUGCAUCGUGCCUGAUCGCUCAGCUGCACCAGCUGCAGCUGCUGCGCCACCACCAACAGCUGCUGUGCCACCACCGGCUGCUGCUUCUGCUGGCACCAGCCCCGCUGCCCCACAUGCAGCAACCCUGCAGCCGGUGCAGCCGAAACUUGGCGAACCCAACAGCGCAGCACCUGCCGCUGCUGCUGCCACUCCAAGUUUGCAGCACAUUGGCCUCGAUUGCUGGUAUGAGUGCAAUCAAAGAUCGGGGUUCUGUGACUACUGUGGACAAGGCAAUGCUUGCUGCCGGAAUGGCAAACAGGCAGAAUCCCCGACGGAAUGCCAAGGCAACUUGCAAUUCACAACCUGGCACCAUGAAUGCGUCGUCCCUGAUCGCUCAGCUGCUGCUGGUGCUACCCCCACUGCCCCUCACGCAGCAACCCUGCAACCGAACCAACUAGGCAACCCAAACGGGGCGUCACCAGCCGCUUCUGUGCCACCAGCGGCAGCUGGUGAAAGCCACGACUCGGCUAUGGCCGCCGCAGGGGCUGCAGCCCAAGCAGCCGCCACGGCCGCAGGCAAGUCGGGCGAGGCCUUGAUUGCAUCGAUCACAGAGGCCGUUUCGAAAGCUGCAGCUUCCGCAGGGAUGAGUGCCGACCAGCAGAAGCAAGAAGCGGUAAAAGCAGCCCGCACGUAUGCCGCAGCUGCAGGCCUUUCAGUUGCGGAUGCAGAAAGUGCGGCACUUCAUGCAUUGGACGCCGCCCAGAACAAAGAAUUUCAGACUGCCGGUGUUGCAAUGCCACCAGCACCAACUAUAAGUCCCGGAGUCCAGGCCGCAAUGCCAACGAUCAAGCCCGUUGUCCAAGCAGCUGGUGCCGCUGCUGCUGCCACUCCAAGUUUGCAGCACAUUGGCCUCGAUUGCUGGUAUGAGUGCAAUCAAAGAUCGGGGUUCUGUGACUACUGUGGACAAGGCAAUGCUUGCUGCCGGAAUGGCAAACAGGCAGAAUCCCCGACGGAAUGCCAAGGCAACUUGCAAUUCACAACCUGGCACCAUGAAUGCGUCGUGCCUGACCAUUCGAAAAACGCUUACGAGCAGAUUGCACUUGCAGCCGAAGCCGCAGCAAAGUCAGCUGCCGCAAGCGGUGCCACAGCUGCAGAGCAAGCACAACAAGCAUCUGCAGCCCUUGGAGAGUAUGCCAAGAAAAUUGGGGUGCCACCGGAAGUCGCUGCCAAAAUUGCAGGUGCUGGAGUUCAGGCCCCCGACGCCAGUCACUCACCUGCAGCGCAUGCAGACAUGACUGGCGAAGUUAAAGCUGCAACUGCGGCCGUGGAGGCAGCAGCUUCGUCGAAUGGUACCCCGCAACAGCAGCUAGCACAGGUUGCCGAAGCAGCCGCAAAGAAGGCUGCAGAAUCUGGCCAAGGCUUUCAACAACAGGCAGAGGCUGCAGCAAUCGCAGCAGGCACUGUUGCUGCAAAGAUCGGAGUGCCGGCCGCAGAUGCUGUCCACAUGGCGGCAGAAGGGGCUGCCAGCGCGGCGCUGGCAGCUGGUGAAAGCCACGACUCGGCUAUGGUAGCCGCAGGGGCUGCAGCCCAAGCAGCCGCCACGGCCGCAGGCAAGUCGGGCGAGGCCUUAAUUGCAUCGAUCACAGAGGCCGUUUCGAAAGCUGCAGCUUCCGCAGGGAUGAGUGCCGACCAGCAGAAGCAAGAAGCGGUAAAAGCAGCCCGCACGUAUGCCGCAGCUGCAGGCCUUUCAGUUGCGGAUGCAGAAAGUGCGGCCCUUCAUGCAUUGGACGCCGCCCAGAACAAAGAAUUUCAGACUGCCGGUGUUACGAUGCCACCAGCACCAACUAUAAUUCCCGGAGUCCAGGCCGCAGAUGCUGUCCACAUGGCGGCAGAAAGGGCUGCCAGCGCGGCGCUGGCAGCUGGUGAAAGCCACGACUCGGCUAUGGUAGCCGCAGGGGCUGCAGCCCAAGCAGCCGCCACGGCCGCAGGCAAGUCGGGCGAGGCCUUGAUUGCAUCGAUCACAGAGGCCGUUUCGAAAGCUGCAGCUUCCGCAGGGAUGAGUGCCGACCAGCAGAAGCAAGAAGCGGUAAAAGCAGCCCGCACGUAUGCCGCAGCUGCAGGCCUUUCAGUUGCGGAUGCAGAAAGUGCGGCACUUCAUGCAUUGGACGCCGCCCAGAACAAAGAAUUUCAGACUGCCGGUGUUGCAAUGCCACCAGCACCAACUAUAAGUCCCGGAGUCCAGGCCGCAAUGCCAACGAUCAAGCCCGUUGUCCAAGCAGCUGGUGCCGCUGCUGCUGCCACUCCAAGUUUGCAACACAUUGGCCUCGAUUGCUGGUAUGAGUGCAAUCAAAGAUCGGGGUUCUGUGACUACUGUGGACAAGGCAAUGCUUGCUGCCGGAAUGGCAAACAGGCAGAAUCCCCGACGGAAUGCCAAGGCAACUUGCAAUUCACAACCUGGCACCAUGAAUGCGUCGUGCCUGAUCGCUCAGCUGCACAAGCUGCAGCAGCGGCUGCACCACCACCAGCUGCUGCAAUGCCGACUGCUCUGCCUGUAAAUUCAAAGGUGGGUGCAGCGACAUCGAUCGUUCCCGCCACGGGAAAGAAUGAAACCCUGCCCACUCCAGAAAAGCUUGCCUUGCAAGCGGCCAUGAAAGCUGCGGCCACAUCUCCAGAAGCUGCACAAAGCGCAGCUGAAAAUGCCGCCUUGAAUGCAGGCAGCUCACCAGAGCAAGCUGCAGAGAUUGCACGGGCUGCUGCUUAUGCUGCGACGGGGGGUGCUGUCGUUGCACAUGCAAGUGCUAGCAUUGCACCGCUCGAAGAAAAGACAGGAUCCCAAGGCAAAAGCAGUACCGGCAACACUGGAAAAUCUGGCAACGAGCCCAGGCCUGCAGAGGUCGAUGCAGCGGAAGCCGGAGCUGAAGCUGCCCGAGGCGCAGCUGCCGAAGGAAAGACGCCUGCAGAGCAGGCAAAGGCAGCUGCCGAAGCAGCAGGGAAAGCUGCUAUGAAUGGAGGCAUGUCGCUUGUCGGAGCGGAGGAGGCAGCAAGGCAUGCUGCAAAGGAUGCGGGCCUGGAUUCCGAGGAGGCUGCUCGCGUGGGCACACUGGCUGCCGAGGAAGCUGCUUCGUCGGGCGCAUUCACGGCACGUGACAUCGUGGUCAGGUCAACGCCUAAACAACAGAAAAACCUCGGCGGCGUGGAGUCUUCACAGCCGGGUGAGCCUCUGAUAAAGGCCAAAGAGGGCGGCCAUGAUGAGACGCAGGGUAUGGCAAUGGCAGCAGAUGCAACAAGUUGCUCUGGAGAUCAAUGUCACGGUGACGAUGGCCGCCUUGGACGUAUCUGGUUCUGGCCAUGCGUGGCCGCAGCUAUUCUGGCGGUGCUGGCAUGCUGCGCGACCUACAUGCACGCGUCUAAGCAGGGAGGCAAAGCUGACCGAAGCGUGUCUGUAGAACUCCCCAGAUCUUCUGGCGAUGUGGAGAAGCCAGAGGAAGCACCUUUGAUGCAGCAAUACGGCCCCGCAAUGCUCCCAGCACCGCUGCUGGCAGCUGCAGCUGCAAGCCAACAAGGCAGCAGGGCACAGGGGUCGGCUACACAGGCUUUACCUGAAGGAGGCUAUGUCUAUGCAGAACCAUCGCCAUACCUGCUUCCUGACGGGGCUGUUCCUGUCACUGUUCCUGAGCCAUUCUACGCAAAUGCACCGGGCAGUCCGACUUCCUAUGCCAAGACAGGCACGCCUAGAGCUGGAGUUCAAAUGGGCAUCGCCAGUCCAGCUGACGCAGCCUAUGUGCAAACCGGCAUGCCUGCAAUGGGAGCUCAAAUGGGUGUUGCGGGUCUGCCAGCCAACUAUGUGCAAACCGGCAUGCCUACAAUGGGAGCUCAAAUGGGUGUUACAGGUCUGCCAGCCAAUUAUGUCCAAACCAACAUGCCUACAACGGGAGCUCGAAUGGGUGUUGCAGGUCUGCCAGCCAAUUACGUGCAAGCCGGCAUGCCUACAACAGGAGCUGCUGCGGGUCUAGCAGCGGCAGCUGCUCCAGUGUCCACCAGCCAGGCAAGCUAUGCGCAAACUGGCAUGCCCACAGCCGGAGCUCAAAUGAGUGUUGCAGGUCUGCCAGCAAAUUAUGUGCAAACCGGCAUGCCUACAACAGGAGCUCAAGCGGCCAUCGCAGGUACGCCAGCCCUCUCCUAUUUGCAAACCGGCAUUCCUACAACGGGAGCUCAAGUGACUGCUGCGGGUCUCGCAGCGGCAGCUACUCCAGUGUCCACCAAUGCAAGCUAUGCGCAAAUCGGCAUGCCCACAACCGGAGCUCAAAUGGGCAUCGCAGGCCCACUGCCAGCAGCAUCAGCCACUCCAGCCUCUGCUUAUGUGCAAACAGGCAUGCCUUCAAUGGGAGCUCAACAGGGUGUUGCGGGUCUUCCAGCUACAGUGGCAGCUACUCCUUUGUCCACCUACGCACAGACUGCAAAGCCAGGCAUGCGCGCAGCUUCACCGGCGGCAACAGGUCAAUUCGUGCCAAAUGCGCAAUCAGUUAGCCCCGGACUGGGAGGAGCGGGAGGAGCGGGAGCAGCGCCCGCAAAGUCACAAGCAGCUUCAUCAGCCAUGGACCUCUUCGAUGCACUAGAUGUGAAUGGAGACGGCGUCUUGGAUGCGGCAGAGUUUGCUCAACUCCAAACGUUGGGUGCCAGCCCCUCACGCAGAACGGCCCCAGCUGUGCCGAGCGAGCCAGUAGCAUCCAAGUCUGGGGUCUUCCAAAAGCGCUGA